ACUCCGCUUGAAGAAAACAGGAAGCUGUGCAGAGUCUGGAAACGCAACAGCGUUCUGUAUUGGGAGUCCUAAAAGAUAUGGAUUUGUUAACGAAAUUUACAUGUUUGGUAUCAUGCUUAUUGUCAGGAUGUGCGAUUACAUUAAUUAACAUUGCCAACUGCUCGGUUUACCCAUCGGAAAUGAGUGUCGAUGUCGCAUUAAAGCUUCCAUCAGCAGUCAUGCCUGUAUCGCAGGCAAGCGGUUUGGGGUUCUUCUACUCUCUCAGUCUUUCAUCUAUGUUUCCAGAUGACUUGGAAGUGAACGAGUAUUGUAUUAAACUGCUUAAUAUCUACGGUGAACGCUACGUGACUUUCGCAAACUGCCUGGUGUCUUAUGCACGACCUGUCAAAGUCUGUCAGAAGUGUUACACUUACUUCAACAGUCUGGAGGAAAUAUAUAAAAAUAUAUCAUCUGACCAACUGGGCCCUGGAAAUGUCAGUUGUCAUGACAGCCUGAUGCGUUCUGAUAGGUUGAUGCUGCUCUAUACCCUCUUCAACAAAUUAGAAGAGGUCUGGAUAUCAGCAGAAUGCAAGCAUUGUCUGACUGAAGACCAAGAGGCUCUCUCUAAUGAGACUGUGUACUUCAUGGCCAUUCUGAAUCAGUCACUCACCUGCUUUGAGCAAUAUCAGAAGAAUCACUCCGAACUCUGCAAAGACUGCAAAUCCUCAUACAAAAGGUUGAACGAGCUCUAUGGUAGAAUGGAGAAAAACAAUACACUCUGCAUUGAUAUAGAAGAUGCAAUGAACAUGACACGGCGGUUGUGGAGUAAAAACUAUAAUUGCUCGUUGCCUCGGGAAGAGACGGUGCCUGUCAUCGCAGUGUCCAGCUUCAUGCUCUUCCUCCCCAUCAUCUUCUACUUAAGCAGCUUCCUGCACUCGGAACAAAAGAAACGCAAGCUCAUACACCCCAAAAGAGCCAAGUCCAGCAGCAGCCUAAUGAAUAUCCAAGACAAAUUCAGCUGAGUGGAGAUGAGGCAAGGAAGAGAGAGCACUGAAUCUUUGGUUCACCUCUCCUGCUAAAUCAACAGGCACUUUUAUCAUGGAUGGAUGGGGUUCAUGUCUUCUCCUGGACUCCAAGCACAUCCUAGUUCAAAGACUGUGAUGUUCUCCAGCUGCUGGAAUCACGUCCUCUUGUUCUAUUUAAGUCAGUAGUUUUUUUUUGUUUUGCACAAUUUGUGAUUUGCACUAUAGAUUUAGGUUCAGCGCUUCUUUUUUUUUUUUUUGCAAAAGACAUAAUUUUACUGUUUUUCAUAGAGGAUCAGUGAGCUUUUCAGUUAUUAGACAGGAUGACGGUAUUAUAUUGCAUUUAAGGUAUGAAAAAGAUGUGAUCCAGAGAAAAGGGUGCUUUAUACAGUAUUUUACAUGAAACUGGUUUUGCUGCUUUUUUGAGAGAGCAUGAUACAUUUUAUACUCUCUAUUUUCCUAGGUAGUAACAAAUGCACGCGCACACACAUUACAUGGUAAUGAUGCCACUUCUGGAAGCACUCCAUGUGCAUUAAAGAAAGGUCUUGUGACAAAUUUCUUAUUCAGGGUCAAAGGUGUAUGCAGUGAGUAGAGGAGAAAAGUAAAGGAUGGCAGAGGCAACAUGAAGCUUUUUAGAUGAACCAUGUGCUUGUUUGCUUUUUAUGCUUUUUACAAUGGAGUUGCCAUAGUCUUCACCUCAUUGUAUGGUUCGUAAAUGUUUGAUGAACAAAUUAGCAUUAAAUGAUGUAAAGUGUAAGUUAUAAGAAAACCCCUUGCAUUCUUUUGUGAUGGUGAAAUAGUUUUCAAUCUACUAUUUUCCUCAUACCUCUAUUAAAAUAUGUUAAUUGUGCUUAACUCCUAAAACCUCCCUUGGAGGGAUUGACAGGCUCGUUAUUUUCAUGGUUAUGUGGACUUUCCUUGGAUUGCAAAGCACCUGUUUCCCCAGUCAUUAGCAGCUAAUCUAUAUGUAGGAUAAAGUUACUUGGCCGAAUAAUCGUAACAACACAUCCGUUUAAGCCGCAUUGGCUUUUUGGUCUUAUGGAGCCGAGCCAUUGCCCAUCACACUGCCUCAUAAGCGCAUUUUGCUUGAUUUGUCAAAUCAUAUGAUCGUACAGGAAGACGUGGGGAAAAAUAGCCUUUUCAUACGCGGCUCAUGAGUGCAAUGUCUAACAAUCCGUUAAGCAUUGGUGAAAGUCAUUACUCCUGACCCGACUUCCAAAUGUAGCAACCAGGUGAAUUUUAUAGCCACGUGCUCGACGAACUGACGCAAACGCUGAAAUAGCUUUUGAGAUGCAUGACCCGAGCUUACUUUCCCUUACAAGAACCCUACAGAGGAUGAGGGGAAACUGGUGGAAAGUAUGAGAUUAUCCCUAAUCACGUUUUGCCCCAAUAAGAAUCAGAGCAGUGACUUUGGACCUUAAGCAAUGAGCCCGUUAAGAAAUAACCCUAAGCCUGAAACUCGGUAGGGACUUUGAAAUCCAACUGCAUUUUGUUUUAAAGUUGACAUCAGGAUUCAUCAGGAAUCAUUAUUGUCUGUUGAUGAUUGCUUUGUGCUCUUAAGGAGAAAUAGUAGUAACAAAAGAGUCUUAUGUUUUCACUUUUUGUGAAGCUGUAAUUUUAUUUCGAUUAAUAAAAAGACAUUU